AUGGGAUCAGCAUUGAAAAAGUCUACACCAAGUGAAAACAAUCUAGAAACAUCGGCUCUUGUAUGGCUCGAUAGUACCGCCAAUAAAUUACAAGAAAGUAUUGAUGCACAACAUCAACUUCGAUCAAUAAUUAAUCAUUUAGAAAUAUUUGAAUUUGAAAAUGAUUGUGAACAAUAUAUAAAAUCAUUAUCAGAACUUGAUCGAAUUAUUCUCAUUGUUAGUGGUGCAUUGGGUCAAAAUAUUGUUGGUCGUAUUCAUCAAUAUCGACAAAUUGUUUCCAUUUAUGUCUAUUGUGGAAAUAGACAAAAACAUGAAGGAUGGACUAAACAAUAUCCAAAGAUUCGAGGUUUGGCCGUACAACUAGAUGAACUUAUUAGUAAAAUACAAUCCGAUCAAGUAGAACAACAACAUAACAAAGUAAAUGAACCACUUAUAUUUACUACAUACAAUACAAGUAAUUCUGAUGAACAACUAGCAAGUGGACUCAAUGGACAAUUUGUUCAUUCACAAUUAUUAAUUGAUUGUCUUCUUCAAAUUCAAUUCACUUCAACUGAUAAGAAUGAAUUAAUAUCCAUUUGUAAACAACAAUACGAAGGUAAUGAUGAUCAAUUAGUUCUUAUUCAAAGAUUUGAAAAUGAAUAUAAAAGUAAUCAAGCAUUACGAUGGUAUACUAGAGAUUCGUUUAUUUAUCGAAUGUUAAACAAAGCACUCCGAGCACAAAAUAUUCAUUUAAUAUUUUUAUAUCGUUUUCUUAUUCGUGAUCUUGAAAAACAAUUAAAAGAUCAUCAAUGUUCAUCACGUUUAACUGUUUAUCGAGGUCAAUUAAUGUCUACUAAAGAAUUUGAAAAUUUGAAAAAAAAACCAAUUGGUGAACUAAUUUCAAUGAAUUCGUUUCUAUCAACAAGUCUCAGUCGACCAUUAGCUUAUUCAUUUCUUCGUCAAUCGACAGAUCUUGAACGUGUAUUAUUCGAAAUUGAUGCUAAUCCUGAAAUUCAUGGUAUUAAACCUUUCGCUAACAUUGCUUCACUUAGUUACUAUCCUAAAGAAGAAGAAGUUCUAUUCAUGUUAGGAUCAAUCUUUCGUCUUGUUGAUCUUAGUCAUGAUCGAAAUGGAGUAUGGACAAUAAAAUUAAGUUUAUGUAGUGAUCAAGAUCUUGAUUUAAAAGAGAUUUUAAAUCAUAUGAAAUCUCAAAAUACCGAAGAAAAUAUAAAACUUGUCAAAUUAGGCGAUAUUUUACGACAAAUGGGUAAAUAUGAUGAGGCUGAGAAAUAUUAUCAUCGUUGUCUGCAUAAACUUUCAUCAGAUGAUGAUCGAAAUAUUUCUAUAUGUUAUUAUGCACUUGGACGUUUAGCUGAUUGUAAAGGUGAUUUAGAUCAAAGUCUUGAAUGGUUUCAAAAGUCAUUGGAAAUCGAUAUGAGAAUUUUAAAACCAGAUGAUCCAAGUAUUGCAAAUACUCACAAUAGUAUGGCUAAUAUUUAUCAAAUCAAUGGUGAUUAUCAACAGGCAUUAAAAUCCUACAAUAAAGCACUUAAGAUAUUUCGACAAGCACAUGGUGAAGGUAAUACACAUGUAGCUAUGUGUUUGAAUAAUAUAGGAGCUAUUUAUCAACGCGAGAAGAAUUAUUCCGAAGCUCUAAACUAUUAUCAAAAUGCAUUGACUAUUCGUCAGAAGCAUCUUCCUUCUAAUCAUUAUGAUAUAGGUGGAUCAUAUAAUAAUAUUGGUAUUAUAUAUCGACAUCUUGGCCAAUCUGAUCAAGCUUUAGAUCAAUAUAAUCUUGCAUUAGGAAUCUACAAAGUAUCACUUCCGCCUCAACAUCCAGAUAUUGCCAUGACACUCGAGAAUAUAGGUAUCGUUUAUGAAGAAAAACGCAAUUGGAAUCAAGCAUUAUCGUAUUAUAAAAAAGCCGAAGAUAUCUAUGAUGCAAUAUUGUCGCCAACAAAUUCUGAUGUUGUUCAAAUUAAGAAAAAUAUCGAACGAGUAUCAUCUAAAUUAAGUUAA